AACUCCAAACACAAACACGCAAACCCUCCGACCUAGACCUUGCCGAAACAAACCUCUCUCUCCACCAUGACCGUGCUCCUCCUCAACGACCAGACCAUCCUAGAUUUCGUCAGCGACAAGGAGGCCAUUGGCGCAGCCGCGGGCGAGCGGUUCCGGGUGCUCGACGUUGACCGCGACGGGCUGCUCUCUAGGGACGACCUCCGGAGGGGGUUCGACAGUUGCAUAGCCUUGGACCACGAGAGAGGCGCCGAGGAAGGGAACGAUGGGCUGUUCGACGCGGUUUUCGAUCGGUCCGACAAGAACAAGGACGGGGCGAUUGACCCGGAGGAGUUCAAGGGGUUCGUCGCCGAGAUCAUGCUCGGUUUGGCCCGCGGACUCGGCGGCGUGCCUGUCACGAUGGUUCUCCAGGAGGAUAGCUUGUUCAUCAAGGCUGUGGAACAUGAAUUGGAGCAAAGAAAGAAGGUCCCAACAGCAGCAGCAAGUGUAAGUACGCCUCGUUCGAUUGCUAAAGAGAGGAAACACAAACCCAGGUUGGGCCUGUUUCUUUGCUUCUGUGGGGAUCAAUCAGCUAAGCACCACGGUCGCGAGCAAAUCCAUCAUCUCCCGGAAAUGGACCGUUGAUAGUCGAGAGAGUUCGCCCCCGUCACAGUUUCUCCACUUCUCCUCGAUUGAACGAAUGCCCAGAGAGGAGCGAGAUUCGUGCUUCCGAUAGGAUCGGAAACCGAGACUGCUUGUGAAUGUGCAGUUUCACCUGUCAUUUAGAACUGGGUGUUAGAUUAUGAUGUCUGGACGGAAUGAGGCUUGUAAACACUGAUUGGAAACAAGGAGGCACUCCACGAUCUUACCAUCUUAUAAAGUUAUUGCCUUUUGUGAUACAUGGAGUCCUGGCUUGUACCGGACCACUUAGAAGAUUAGGUGGAAUCAAAUGUGCUUUGCUGGAAUGAAUGAAUGUU